CAUUGUUAAACGAGGUUAAACGCAUAUUACAAGAGUGAAUCGGAACGUUAUGUUUAUUUACGUUCUCAAGACAAUCACACGCAAAAUCACAAUAGUCAUUACGCACAGAAGUUCAUUGAGCGAAAAUUUGUAGUCUGAUGUACAUACCGAUGCCCUAAAGAUGCGGUGGUAUCUGCCGGGGACUGAGAGCAUAAAAAAGAGGGCCUGCAGAUAUCUGCUCCAGCGGUAUUUAGGCAAUUAUCUGGAAGAAAAACUAACUCUUGAUCAGCUGAGUGUCGAUCUAUACAAUGGUACAGGAACCGUGUGCGACGUUAGCCUUGACUGCGAGGCAAUCAAUGAGCUGGGGGACUCACAAAAUUGGCCACUUGAAAUUGUUGAUGGACAGAUGCAAAAGAUCACCGUGACAAUUCCAUGGUCCACUUUACUCACCGAUGACUCCAUUGUUGAGGUCAAUGGCUUGUCGCUCACAGUCCAACCCAAAGUGCCGACGGAGCCAGCAUCGACAAUGCUGGAGUCCAUGUGGUCCUCCAUGUCCUCAUCCAUGCAGCUGGCUGAAGAAUGUCUCCGGAAAGAGGCCGCUCCCACGGAAACCAACCCUGUUGAGGGAAUAGAGAUGUUCGCUCAUGCCAUAGAUUCAAUUUUGAGUCGGGUAAAAAUCCGUUUUGUCAACACGAAGAUAAGAUUAGAGCAUGUUCCCAAGAAUGGAAAUAAAGGAAUUGCCUUAGAAAUACACAUAGACAAGAUUGACUAUUACGACGAAGCAGGAAACGAGCCCACUCCAGAAGUCACUGACCCAGAAAAAACUAAAACCUACAUUGUAGCCACAUACUCGAACAAAAAGAUCAAAUUUGAAGGUGUCACUCUAUACACGGACGAGUUUCCGUCAAAACUACGGACAAUGGCCCGGAGUCUUGUUCUUGAAAAAUCAGUCUCAUCGCAAGCAGAUAAGGCUGAAAAUAGCCAAGCAGAAGCUACAGACCCGAACCAAAGCAUGAUCUCAGAUGUUUUCUAUGAGACUAGAAGUGUCAUAUCAACCAUAGAAUCAGAUCCUAUCAAAGAACUUAUUGAAGAAGUGACAUCUCCUCCAGAACUGUCUAGGGAAGCAACACCAGAAGAGAGGGUCAGCCAACCAGAGCCCAUACUAUUUGCUAAAUUGACCGGUCAACAAGAAUUGUCUCUCAAAAUGAAACAUUCGGAGGAAGUUGAAGGGCCCAUGGUGGAACUGAAGAUGUUAUUAGGAUCAUUUAUUGUAUUUAUAUCUCCUAGGCAGUUGCAUACAUUGAUAGAACUAGUCAAUGCACUGAAUCAACCAGAUUUAGAAGAUAGAAGUAAUGUACCACUUCGUCCAAGCGGCAGUAACUUGCAGUGCAAGCCGAUGCGGCCGGCUGACUUCCAAUUGAUAGAGGCUCAGCUGCUGGGUAACUUUGAGAAGGACAACGCGAAGCCUAGGACUGCCAUGUAUGGCUGGUCCGGACCUAGCUUCGAAGAAAGUGACCCAGGAGGUGAUAACUUCCAUCCCAUGACGUCACCCGGCCAAAUGGCUGAGAGUUUCUCGUCUUCAGUAAGCUCGAUGAGCGCAAGUAUGACGUCCAGCGUUAACAUCCCUACGGUGCAGCCACGAAUGAAAAGGAAUAAAAAAGUGCCGCACAUUGAUGGCGAUCCUACAGCCGAAGUAUCUCACAUAAGUUUUAGAGUUGCCUCGCUGUCCUGCGUACUUUUACAUAAGGAUAUCCUAGUCCCCGCUCCACUAAGCUCCGACUGCAUAUCAGCAGUCAGUGCUAGCAAAAUGCAAGAUAUAUCAAAUAAGUUCUUCGAGACGUUACAAGACAUCCCCGUUACUAAUAAGGCCAUUCAAGAUGCUGCCGGUAGAAACCAUUUGAGGCUCAUGGCCUCAGAGAUGACGUUAGACGGAAGCGAAAAGGUCACGACGCGCGGCAGUCAGACCGUGUGCGAAGCAGCCAUACAACAACUACUCAUACAGGAAUGCUUGUACUACCAAUCCGAUAGUGGCACUAUGGAGUCUGACUGCUUUGACCUGCUGAGGUUCGAAGCGAAAGGUGAUGAGGAGUCCAAAGCGCCGCCGAGGCCCGACAUAAGGAUCAACCUCAAACAAACUUCCAAAUACAUGCGGGUUGCUGGAGAGAAGAAACUCGUCUAUCCCACAACGGAUGUUGUGAUAAAAUGUCUUCCAUGCUACAUAGACGUUGAACUGACAAUAAUAGAGCGAAUGUCCGCUACGUUCUUCAACGGCCCGUCCAGCACAGCCUCGCCACCGCCGAACAACGCACAGAAUCAGUUCAACUGCACUCUGCACUGCCCGGACCUUAACGCUACAUUAAGGUUCCCAAUAGUGGAUCUUCGGCCAGGCAUCAGCCGUGAGGUGCGGCGAGUGCGACCCGACUUCCUCGUAUUCAAGUUCCAGAAAGUGAACAUCAACUCGCAGCAGACACCCAGCUGUCGCCCACAGCCGACCACUGUCACUGUUAAAGCUACGAGUCUAGAUUUGUAUUAUCAUGAAAACGAAACAUCUUCAGGUACUCACAUAGCUAAAACUACUAUGGAUGACGCAUUUGCCGGGGAUGUCCUAAAAGGUGACAUUACAGCACCGUUGCCAAUGAUUACACUAACUUUUAAGCCAAGCAAAACGUCCAAAGGCCCAUUCGACUCGCUCCACGAAGAGGCAGCGUUUGAGCCCGUUAGCACCAACCCUAUGACCACUUCAAUGUACAUAAUGAACAACUUACACAGCUCCCAGCCUAGCCCCUUUAGUGCCAAGAAAACAGCACACCAAAGCUUUACGAAACACGAGGGCAGUCCGCACGGUCAAGAUGAAGAAUUAAUAGUUCCUGGAAAUGAGGAGGAGAUGAAGGAGUUCAGUAACAGUGCCAUAGAUCACUCUUCUAUCCACCUGGACUUUAACCUGCCCAUACUUAGUCUACAACUCGAAUCAAAGCAGCUGUACGAAAUAAUUUAUAACCGAAUCAACUCGGAUCUUUUGCUGUGGGAACCUCAGAUAAUAGAUCCGUUUGAGAUUAGCCCGCUCAUGUACGGGACCAUCUACCCGGCAUUCGGGAUGUGCAAAGCAUCUGGAUAUGAUUCAGACUCCGGAAGCUCAGCUUCGGAAGAAGAAGAAAACUUGUACUAUUCGACAUACGAUAACAAACUCAGAAAGGGACUCGGCGUUAACAAGCCCAGUCUGUACGAAAAGAAGGAGACGCACAACUUUUGUCUCACUUUCAAUGUCGGAAAAGGAUUGCUUACUAUUUACGCACCAGUGCGGGAUGCGAAUAAACGAGUAGUCCCCGGUCAGAUGGGUGAAUUGGUACUCGAAGCUCACAACCUGACCAUGUGCGAAGUGAGCGGUCUCAACGGGCAGCCCAAGACUGCGCAACUGUGUAUGCGCGCAGGGAAAGUUACACUCUAUCACGAAGCUCUUCUGACAAUUCCGUCCGAAAAGCCGGGCCUCAGGUUAUACGGCAAGGCACUGCCUCUACAUUUGAAGAGCACGAUCUAUCCGUCCGGCAAGGGAGUGAUCAUCAAGGAGCGACAUCAAAAUAAGGACAUGUUCUCUAUGGCUCUGAAGGUGGAGCCUGAUUCUGAAACUCCUGGAUUAAAGACGAUCUGCAUAGCUCUGGGCUUAGAACAAGCGACAUUGCGACACCGUGGCGACAAGGGCAUCGCUUGGCUGUCCCAACUGAUGGACGUCCUCGACGUGUUGGACUACCCCGUGCCCGGCUACACGCCCGCCACCGUGCUGUCCGAGCUGCACGUGCACAUAUCCGACUGCGCCGUGGACUACAGACCACUCUACCUACCAAUCCGCACCGUUGUGACCCUCGGCAACUUCAGCAUCUCAAGCAACAUAAUCCCCGCAACGAACACAUCUAGUCUACGCUUCCUCGCUCAAGAAUGCACCCUGUUCCUGUCUCACGUGAACGUUAAACCUAAUACUCAUAUACCGCAAGAUGACGACAAGCUGCCUGAUGUGCAUAAGGAUUACGUUUGUGUGGUGGAUGUUGGGUUGUUUGAGCUGUCGUUGAGGAUGGAGGAUAAAGUCAAUAGCUCCAAAGAACAACCUCAAGUAGACCUUAGCGCAUCGAACAACAUGGUCACCCUAUACACCUGCUGGGACUCGGCCUCGGCGCUGUGUCGGCUGCUGACGUACGCGGCGUCCGACGGCGACUCGCAGCCGCCCUUCGACCGCUCCUCGCGCCACACCAGCAUAUGCUCCGACCAGCCCGAGCCUCUAGUCGGGCUAGAAGACAGACCAAUAGAAGAAAUACGUGAACUGUCGCCCAGCGAAAUACAACAGGUCAACGACAUGAUGGCAGAAGCGAUGAAAGAAAGUCCCAACGAUACGCUCGAUGAGGACGACCUCCACAGUUCAACCGAAAAAGAAGGUGUCGAGAUAUUCUUCUUCCCCGACGAGUCCAAUUCCAAACGGCCCCUGGACUUACUUGAAGAAUGCGAGACCAAGUCUCUAGACUCCGAGGACUUCCGUGCAGUGGAUGAGGCGCUCGAAGCUAAGCCGACUAUGGUGCAGGUGGCUAAGGAUCUGGGCGACCCGACAUCCACCCCUAAGACUACGCCGAAGAAACCUAAACGGAAAAAGGUCAAAUCCGGUGGCGAUGGUAGCAACACUGACGACGAAUACUGCAUUAUCGAAUCUCAGCCGUACUGCGAGGACAAUGACCUCGACGAGCCGGUCGUCAACUGGAUAGGCCCCGGACCCGUGUACAUGUUCGAGAACCACUUCACUGUACCCGCGGCCCGUAGCGACGUUCUCAAGGCUCCGAAGAGCUUCCCUCUACCAGUAUUGAGAUAUACGUUGUGCGAGAUGAGUGUGACGUGGAACAUGUUCGGCGGGAGCGACUUCAAAACUACCGGCGAUCCGCCGCCCUCCAAAAAGACGGUCACCAUUGACGACACCAAACAGGGCUCACCUACGCCGUCCAAACGCAGUAAGGACUACGAACCAUACGAGGCCGGGCGUGCAAUAACGGCCGCUUAUCGCCAAGGAGUCAGCUGGUCGUCCGGGUCGGAGCGGGUCCUACCGCGCAUGAACACACACCCCAAGCGGAAAGAACUCAAGUCGAGGGGCGGACGACAUAGGGACCAUCAUACUUGUGUCAAGCUGUGUCUUACUAAGGUUAAAUUUCAACACGAAACAUACCCCAGCAGCGGCACACACGCGUCCCGGCAGACGCUCGCCGUGAGCAAGAUCGAGGUGCUCGACCGCCUCGUGUGCAGCGACAUCAACAAACUGCUCAGCCAGUACAAGCUGAAGGACGAGCCCGAACGAAGCAAUGCUCACAUGUUGGUGAUAAAGGCCGUGCACAUGAGACCUGACCCAGCGCUCUCCGCACACGAGUGCUGCCUCAAAGUAUCGCUAUUACCGCUACGAUUCAACCUGGACCAGGACACCCUGGCUUUCCUCGUCGGAUUCUUCUCCAAACUUGGCACGGACGAGAACAAUGAUGACGACACAAAAAGCAUAAGCGGGCUGUCAACAGACUCAAGUAGCUCACGCCAGACCACACCAACGCACCGGCCUCCAGUCAUGAGCAUAGCCAGCCACUUGAAGGACCCGCCACCAACACCGACUUCGCUAGGAGAUGCUGAUGCUUUGAGCCUCAACGAAACUGUGAUCCGAGACGACGAACCUCUCAUGGAGCCUUACGAAGCCGAGCGCCUGGUGUCCGAGAACCUCAUACAACUGGAGGAGGACUUCAACCGACUGGGCAUUAGUCAAGAGAAGCCCACCACUAAAGUGGCGGUUGAUCUGGAGCCGGUUGACGACUCGCCGAUUUACUUCAGGAGGGUAGUAUUUUCACCCGAGGUCCCUAUCCGGUUAGACUACGUCGGCAAGCGCGUGGACCUGUCCGCGGGCCCGGUGGCCGGCCUGCUCAUGGGCCUGGGGCAGCUCAACUGCUCGGAGCUCACACUCAAGAGGCUCGACUACAAACUUGGGCUACUUGGCCUAGAGAAGCUGGUACAAUGGGCCUUGCAUGAAUGGUUGUCGGACAUCAAGCGGCACCAGCUCCCGGGCCUGCUCGGCGGCAUCGGGCCUAUGCACUCGCUGCUGCAGUUAAUAACGGGUAUACGCGACCUGGUGUGGCUGCCGGUGGAGCAGUGGCGGCGCGACGGGCGCCUGGUGCACGGGCUGCGGCGCGGCGCCGCCUCCUUCACCGCGCGCACCGCCGUCGCCGCGCUGGACAUCACCACGCGCCUGCUGCAGCUCAUACAGGCGACGGCAGAAACGGCGUUCGAUAUGCUAACGCCCGCGCCGACAUUACAACUCGCGCCGGCGUACGAGCGCCGCGAGCGUCGCCGCCGCCGCCGCCGCGACCCCGCGCGUCUGCCGCAGGACAUCCGCCAGGGCGUCACCACCGCCUACCACACCGUCAAGGAGGGCUUCGCUGAAACGGCGGCAACCAUGGCACUAGCUGCGCGCUGCUCUAGCGGAGUGGGCGUGCUGCGGCACCUGCCGGGUGCCGCCGUGGCGCCGCUGGCGCUAGCGGCGGGCGGCGCCGCCGACGUGCUGGGCGGCGUGCGCGCCUCGCUCGCGCCGCACCACCACAAGGACAGCGCCGACAAGUGGCGCGCGCACUGACCCUGCGACCAGUAUGUCGCACACGAUGAGUAGCUUCAAUGAAGAAAAAAAAUCAACAAAACUUGACACUGGUAAACAAUUACGAGUAUACAGUACAGAAACGUGUUAAUAAUUUUAAUUUACGAUCAAAAGAAUAUCACAUCCACUUAUGUUCAAAAUUCUAAACGUUCCUACCAUUCGCCCCUUUCAUAAUGUUAUUUGUAACGUUUCAAGCACUCUUAAAAGGGUGGAUAAAUUAAUUUUAAAUAUUUCAAGGUACUACUAUUAUUAAUUAUUGUAAAAAAAAUCGCCAAAAACAAAGUUUUGAUACGAUGUAUUUUUGUAGUCAUUAUCAUUCGUUUGUGAUCAACGGAAAUACAAUUAUUACAACGUAAUAACACGUUCAAGUAAAAGAGAACCAUAAAAGACAUGUAUUCUGGCAGCUAGCACAUCGCCUAGCUGAUUGGUGUAGAAUACAGCCAUACAUUGUGCUAUUGUCGUUCUCAUAUUAAAUUAUAUUCAAAAUAUUAUCCUCUACUUAGGUCUUGCGUGAAAACUGCUUUUUGCGUUUUCGACGUUCUGUCUAAGGCUGCGGUUCUACCGUCACAAAGAACUGCAAAAUGAGAGGAGAUUCGAAGGAAUUAAAGCUUGUUUUCUCGUUCAUCCCUUCUCCGCUCUGUGACAGCAAAACCACAGCCUAAGGGGGGCUCUUGCACACCGCGACUUUUUAAUGCGCCGUCGACGCGCGUUUGUAUAGAUACACACGCGAUUCGCACGCAAGUCAGACGCAGUUUGUAGACCUUUGCACACCUACAGCGAUGCUAAGGCGCCGUCGACGCGCAACGCGCGCGUUUUCGGAACGCUUAAAAUUCGUAGCUUAGUAUUUGCGGAACAACCAUUUGCGCGACUAAAAUUGGCAUAUUCAUGCAAGGACCCGUUUAAAAUUUUAAUUUUAAACGAAAGUUUAUAUUGAUAGGGAUUUCGCACUAAUACAUUAGUUUUCAAAUUUUUAGAUUUAUACUUUUUCAAAUAUAUGGUGCUUUAUUUUAGUAGCAUUUAGAGCAUUUAGUUGCUUUUAUGUUUCCGUUUUUAUAUUAAGAGGCCGUAGUCGAUUUUGGAGCAAAAAUGUAAAAUUGAUAAGAUUUAGUCGUUGAAAUUAUACACGUUUUGUUGCGUAAAUAACAAGUAUUGAUUUCUAUUAGCACGUCUUCUCAUCUUGCAUUUUAAUAAUGAGGUCGCGAGCGUUUGUCACCGAUAAUGCAUAAAGAGAAGGGGCAGUUUUUAAAAAUUCAUCAAAAAAUUAUGGUGGUAAAUUAUACAAAUUGAUGUAUAAGAAUAGUUUCAGCAAAUGUUGUAGAUUGUUUAAGUAUCAAAAUUACGUUGAAAUUAAGUCGAUUUUCAGAGAAAUUGUCACUUGUUUUAAAGUAAUUUCUGGAGAAAAUUGAUUUCGUCUAACUUUCAUUUACACUACUUCUAAGUCAUAAUAAUAAAAAUGUAGUCUGAUAAACGUCAAGUACAGGAUAUGUGUAAUACAAAAUUACCAUGUUUAGCAGUCCAAACUUUACAAAUAAGAGCGACAAAAUCAGUGCUUUACGCGCGUUUACCUAAACGUCCACCAGAAAAGCAAACACUACUAAUUUAGUGUCUGUUUUAAAAAAAAAAAAAUCUGAUAAAAGGUAAGAUAAGAAGACGUGCUAAUAGAAACCAGUACUUGUUAUUUCAAUUAGGUAAUAAAAGGUGUACAAUUUCACGGACUAAAUCUAUCAAUUUUACAUUUAUGCGACUAAAAUCGACACCGGCCUCUUAAUUUGUUGAUGUAAAUAUUUUUUGAAAUUGAUGGAACAGCAUUUCAACCGCCAUAAAGAAAAUUAUGUGGCAUUAAUAGGUAAUAUAAUUUUCUUUAUGACGACAGGGUUUGGUGCCAUGACAUGAUAUUGUUGUAAAUACAAGCGCGUAGAAAUAAUAAUCAUAAAUUGCACUUUAGUAUACUUCCUUAGCUCAAAAACUUUAAAAUUGAUCCGAUCCGGCAGAUACACAAGUUGAACAUGGAUUUUUCCUUGCUCCCGUUUUUGUGUCCCAUCUAUCAGUUUUUAUUAACUCAAAUAAAGGUGAAUAUAUGUCAAUCUGACGAUUUGUUUCCAUUGCAAUUUCUUUUUUGUAGUAGUAGCUUUAUAGCUAGUGCUAGUCUUUCUAUCGGAUCAGACCAUAUUUGAAGCUUAUAACUACUUUUAUAUACUUGCACAUUUGAUAUGCGUAGCGACCAACAUUAAGACGUAUCGUUACAUCAGGGUGCGUAGCCAAGAUGCCAAUCGUUUACGCUCCAUAGCGAACGAAACGCAACCGUCUCUGUCGCACUAAUAUUAGGAAGAAUGAUAGAGAGAUAUUACCGUAUAGUUCGCUACGGAGCAAACGAUUGGCAUCUUGGCUAGGCACCCAGUAAUUUUAGUGUUCCCAUGGGCCGAAAAUAACGUUCAAAAUCAACCCAGGAGAAAGAUUACAAUAUUCUAAACUUAGUACUCAUAGAGAUAAGGUUCACUAUUGCAGUAGUAAUGUAACGCGCUUGCAUUUUACAAAAAACUAGAAAUUACUUAUUAUUGUAUCUUAGAAAUGUGAUAUAAAACGUCUAAAAUUAUCGAAAAUUGCAAUUGACUCAAUCAAAUGCAACUGGCUUAAUGUUAAGAGGAGUAAACAUAAUUAAAAUAUUAUAUUAUAUUAUAUAAUGUAUUACACACCUUAAAUAACUUUGCGUUGCGUUGUGUUGUAACAUCCCUUUAAACGGUAUCCUUUGCACACCAACAAUUUUAUAAUUCGGUCUUUGCUGUCGCGCAGCCGGGUAAAAAGUAGUUUAUCGGGAUAGUAUAACACUAACUGACGGUUUCAUUUCUAACAAACUGUUGCAAAUACUUGUAGUUCAUAGAGCUAAUAACAACUUUCAAUAUUGUCACAACUUAGUAAUUUUAUUUUAAUUACCUAAAGGUGUGGAGCAGACUGCCCUAUGAUAGGAAGAACUGAAAGUAUUGGCUAAUUUGGCUAUGUGCGUGUUAGAGUGAAUCAGCAUCAGCGCACACUCGCACAGUGGCAUAAAUUGAACUUUUCAGUCGGGUGCCAUUUACCUACAGUUGUGUGCAAUAUGUAUAAUACCCUAGGUACACCAUACUAAAUAUAUGGUGUACCGAACUAUUUGACUACUUUGGUUGCUACAAAGUAUUUAACGCUGAGUGUAGGUACCUCUUGGGGUGAUCUGCUUGACAUGUUUCUAUAGAUUUUAUAAAUAAUGGACCGAUAGAUUUCAUUAGUUCUUGUGAUGACAUUAAUAAACGUGUGAUCCUCUAGCAGUAAACUAAGAUUUUAUUCCAAUAGAUUUUUUUUAUUUUGUUUUUAUCUUGUAGCAACAGAUUGAGUUUUAUGUUAGAUUAUUCAUCAAAAGUCAGUCUUUAUAGAUAAUAAAUAAAAUUGACACUUUA